AUGCCACGACUUCAUACAUUCAGUUUUUAUAUUGGUACUGAAAUUCAAUUCAAUGAUUCAGUUCAUCAUCUAUUUGAUAAUGAUAUUCAACAAACUUUUACAAGUAUAGGUUAUAAUCAAAUAGCCUGUAGUGUUAAUUAUUGUCGUAAUUACAGGGCAAUGUGUCAUGUUUUCUCACUUCCAUUCAUAUUUAAUCGUCUCGAAAAGAUUAACAAUAGGUUUCCGAAUGUAAUGUUCAAUGACGUUACUUAUCUGAUGGUAGCUGAUGCGAUUCCAUUCAAAUAUGAAUUCUUUAUUCGAAUUGCAAAAGCUUUUCCAUCAUUGAAGUAUUUUUCUAUUAUCAAUCUUACGUCGCCAUCAGGAGAUUUUAACUCAAAUGCAGCUGAUAAUAUUGAUUCACAUUCAUAUAUUGAAUACCUGAAUCUUGCUUCACUUGAUGUUAAAUAUGUGGAUGAUUAUUAUAUUGAACAAUUUUUACUUGAUACAAAGAUACAUGCACCUCGUUUAACUGAAAUCAAAGUACAUUUUGAUCGAUUGCAAACUGUAACAGAGAAUUUUACAAGAGAUACAACACGAUAUAACUGUCGCAAUAUAAAACGAUUAAUUUUUGAAAAGAUAAUGAAUUAUCCGAAAGAAUUGUAUCUCUAUUUUCCUUCACUUGUAGAUUGA